AUGACCUACGGUGGAGGACACUUAGACGGGGUUGACCUCGCACUUCCGAGUCCUGGAUCGCCGCCCGGCAUGACUUCAUCCGCUAUCACUUCCAGAGCCUCGUCUGUAAGAUCGUUCAACUCCGACGAUGGCGAAGACGGCCUCACUGCAGACGUUGCCAAUUUCGAGGAGAUUGGCCUCGAUGACGAUGUCACCUCAAUUGACCAUUCCCAUUUCCGCGACACUCACGCCAAAUCGGCUCCGAACCCUUAUAGCAUCUCCUUCGCCUCCGACCUUCGUGCCUCUGUGAAGCAUGUCGGCCCCAAGAUCCAUCCUCAGACUCGCGAUCUAGCUCGCCCGCGACCGCAAUUGCGCACCAUCCAGUCCUUUUCAGGUUCUCGUUCUGGAGCCCCAACAUUGACUCCGCAGUUUCGCGAUACUAGUACCCGUAAUGUUGCUACAGGCGUUGGCCCCGAACCCCAAGCAGGCCCAUUGCCGGCGCGAGGCCUAUCGGUACGAUCCGCUUCCUCUAUGACCAUACCCCGUCGUCGACGAAGUCCUAGCCCCAAUAUUUCAGCCCGGUCGCUGAGCCCGGGGGAAAAUAAUCUAGUAGUGCCCAAGCUACGACGGAGCAGCUCGCAGACGAGCCGGACGCCAAAGUCGGCAAUCGAUUUAGAAAAAGAAUGCGACGACGACGACGAUGACAUCCCCGACGAUCUUAUACUCGAUAAUGUCCCUCUAUCGCCCCGUCCCCCCACGGAGCGGUCGGCUAGCCGUCCAGGGUCGACGUCCAACUCCCCCGAAAGACGAACAAAAGAACGUAUUCGUAGCGUGGGCAAUGGUACGCCACCGGUUGCGGUCCAUCAAGGUUGUCUGAAAUCUCCGACGUGGAGAAUGGACUCUUCGCCGUCUACAGAUUCGCUACGAUCCUCGGCGUCUUCAUCAGCCAAGGGUCGUGCCAAGAGCUGGACUGCUGCUAUCUCGGAACUUAGCCCGGAAGCGAAAGCCCUCACCGAGAAACUGGAAGAGCAUGCAGACGAGCUCGAUAAGCAUGGCGUUUACAGUUCGACGUAUGUCCGUCCGGCGCCAAAGCCGCGGGUGAAAUCAGCGCUUGCCGAACUUCCUCCUCUCAGGCGAAGUAAUAUUAUGAUUGACCCUCUACCCAUCUCUAAGGAGAAGGAAGCAGUUCUUUCGCGGACAAGACCGUCUUGGUUACCGCCAAAGGACCCCGCAGAAGAAAAGAAGCACCUCAGAGAAUAUCAGAGAAUGAUGGCAAAUAGUAUCGAGGCGGAUAAGAAGCGAGAGGCUGCAAGGAAGGAGAAAGAACGUAACAAGGACAAUGUUGCCAAGGCGCUUAUGCAAGUGUGGGAAGACGACGUCUUGAAAAGAUGGGACGUUGCUAUUCACGAGCGACGGACUCGGGAGUUAUGGUGGAAAGGCGUAGCACCCCGAAGUCGAGGUGAAGUGUGGUCUCGCGCUAUAGGGAAUCAGCUGGGGUUAACUGAGACGUCUUUCCAGGCAGCCUUGGCAAGGGCACGCGAGGUUGAGGAGCGUUCUGCGAAAGGAAAGCCUGAAACCGAGGAUGAACGUAAGAUGGGUUGGUUUGCGCAGAUUCAAGCGGAUGUAGAGGAGCAGACUUGGGUUGACCUGAAGAUCUUUCAAGUCGGUGCUCCCUUACACAAGAGCCUCAUCGACGUCCUUCGCGCGUAUGCUAUGUACCGGAGCGAUAUCGGUUACGUAUCCGGUUGCAAUACCAUCGCGGCAAUACUCUUACUCAACCUUCCCACGCCUACUGCAGCUUUCAUCGCCCUAGCCAAUGUUCUGAACCGUCCUCUUCCCUUCUCUUUUUACGCUUCCGACGCAGGAGCCAAGACGUCUACAUUUAACCUACUUCUUCAGACUCUAGCUAAGAAAUCGCCACGACUCCACGAACAUCUUACCAACCAAGAGCUCGGUCUCGAGCCGGAUAGUUAUCUCGGCGACAUAUUCACAUCUUGCUUUACACGCAGCUUUAGCCUUGACGAAUGUACUCGGAUGUGGGAUGUGUACGUCUUCGAAGGGGAUGCCGUCCUAGUCCGUGCGGCUGUCGCCUUGCUGUUGGAUACGGAGGCAUCUCUGCUCGGUACUAAAACUACUGCGGAAAUCCGGAAGGUCUUUGAGACUAGAAGCAGACCGGACCAGCAGGAGAAAGUUGAUGCGUGGAUGGCCAAAAUUCGAGACGCUGGAAAGUCCUAG